AUGACAAAUGUGAGCGAAAGGAAGGCCUCGAAGGACGAGGAGGAAGAUGUGGUCCACAAUUGUGACGAUGAGUUGCUGUCGACGAUCACCGAAAAGGAGCGCAAAGAACGACAAUCGAAGUUAUAUUCACUAAUGUUUGCGAUUCUGGGAAGAAAUGAGUCAACCAUUGAUGGCUCAAAAUGUGAUGAUUUGAAAGUAUUGAGGGAUUUAAUAGCGAUUCACGACAACCGAGAGAACGACUCCUUGUCUUUGGCCAAAGAAUUGAUUGCUUUGAAGAAUAUAUCGGAUGAAGACAUGUCUUCAAUCAUAUGCAACGAAACACUGUUUAUAUUGAAGAAUAUGUCGAAAGAUUACGACAAUUGCAAAGAGUCUUCGGUUUGCAGUUUAGUCGAAAUGAGUACAAGUUUUCUAUCAAUGGUUAGACUUCUGAAAGACACGACAAGUUUGGGCACAAAACUGUUGGCCGAAUCGGAAGCCCUUCUAAACGAUUCGAAAAAUAACUUUAUUUUAACCAAACUUUAUAUCAAAGCUCACGAAUGCUUUGCACACGAAUGCGAUGUCAAAGGGAUUGCUCUCGUCUUAAGGAAAACACGACUUUUUAUAACUCAAAACUUACUUCAAUUGAAAGAUUUUAACUCAAUUCUGCGAUUAAUGACAGGAAUCGGAAGGUAUUCUGAAAUGACUUAUUGUUUCGAUUUAUUCAAAGAGAACAAUCAGUUUGAACUUCUUCUCAGCAAACGUAUUGAAAAGGCGCCCCAACUCAGAAUAGCAUUACUCGACUACUUGAAGGGCGACAAAGAGGUGUUCCCAUUAGUGGCCCUUCGCUUCUGCCUCUACAGAGAAAUCGCGGAAAACCACGAAAUGUCUGCCAAACGACAAUACAAUGAUCUGAAAUACAGAUUCACCACAAAUCUGAUGAGCCAUAGGGAACAACUCGAGACCGUUAUGUAUGAGUUCAUCGACGCUCACGAGUCCUACUCGAAGGCUGGCUGUCAUUGUCAGGCGGAAACAUGCGGUCGUUUGGCCAAACUUAUUGCACUUCAAUUGCAUUAUUUGCCACAAAAUGUUUUCCUCAUUAAUAUGAAUAGCACUCAAAUCGAGUCAUUUAUUGAAAGCAAAAGCGCCAACUUUUUUGAGGCGUUAAUCGUUGCGAACGCCUAUCAGUACAACACGAGUUGGGUUAACGCUGUCUUCAAUCGUGUUAUUCUCAACAAUGAUUGGAACUAUUGGUCCGAUUAUAUCACACGAAGAGAUAUCAGCACUUCAUUUAUCGAAGAAAUUGUUAAUAAAUACAUUAAAUUCAUUUCAAACCAAAACAUAUCUCACGAUCGAGUGAUUCAACUCAAGAAAUCAAUUCAAAGACUCAUACAAUAUAUUCCUGAUUACGAAAAGCGUUUCCGAAUGGCGUCUAAACUCAAUCUAAAUGAAGUCAAUCAUCAAAUGAUUAGCGAAGAAAGUGGCGCUUAUUUACAAGACUUGCGCCGAAACGGACUCUUAUGAGCUAUAAAAUACAAAUCUCUAAUUUUAUUAUUGUUUAAACUUUAAACUUUGUUAAUUCCAAUAGUUGUACGAAUUGUUAUAUUUCUUAAUAACGAAAGUAUAUUUAUUUAUAAUUAUAAUUAUGUGCAGUAUUUAUAAUAAAAAGCAAUUUUAAAUAAA